AUUUUAUUGUCCUUCCUGGGUUCCCAUCUUUAUGGAUCUUGGGGAGCCUGUAGAAGUAUCCCACUUUUGGAUCCUCAGGGAUUCAACUACUGAUGUGGUCCUUGAUGUUAACAGAACCCUUAAAAAUGUCCAACUCUGCUAAUCUAACACAGAUUUUGGAAGACGCAUUUAAGAAGAUCUUCAUAAACUACAUGACUGAGUUGCAACAGAAUGAAACUAUUAAGCAGAAUGCUGUGAAAAACAGACUGGCAGCCGAGAAUUUCGACAAUGUUAUUUGGUACCUGAUGGUUAUGAUUGGGAUGUUCUCCUUUAUAAUUGUGGCAAUUCUGGUGAGCACCGUGAAGUCAAAGCGAAGAGAACACUCUGAUGACCCUUAUCACAAAUACAUCGAGGAGGACUGGAAUGCCAAGCUUAAAAUCCAGAUUUUAAACAUGGACUACAUUCAGGAAAACCUUGGGGCAAAAUCAUAUGCUGAACCCUGUUCUCCAUAAACAGACACAUGGCGUUGUAGCACAUGUGGCACACUUCACUGCUGGGCCGGUGAUCUUAAUGUUUAAAUUUGCUGUAAACUUAAAAGAAAAUGACUUAAUUUCAUAAGCAAAGGCCACAAUGAUUAAGGAAAAUAAAAAAUGUUCUGCACUUUUUUGCUUAUAAAGGAGGGGAUUUCAGAUAUACUGUUAUUAUCAGCACACCGUCACAAUGUGGUUUACAAAGUAAAUAGGAGUGCAGCCUAACACAGAGUCUUUUCAUAAUGAUGUUUAAUUUACGUGGCCUUGUAUUGUUCACUAAUGAUCGCCCACUCUUUGUUUCACCCUUUCACUAAAUGAAUUCAUUUGCUGGCUUCAUGGAAUCAAGUCAAUAAAGGUGUUUGUGUCUCAUAAGAAAUGAACUUUCUCCACAAAGAGUGAAGAAAGUUCUUGGAAAGUCACAAAAGAAGGAUUAGCUGCUUGUGCUUAUUUUCUUUAUUUCUCCUAUAAGCUUGUGAUCAUAAAGAAUUCCUUGAAAAUGAUGUACUGCAGUGAAUUCUGAGGAACACCUCUUUCCUGCCUCUGUCAUUUACAGCUGGAGCCUAUGCUGGUAGUAAUGGCACAAAGCAGGAGUCACGCCGGGAUGUGAGGCCAGGUCAUCUGCUUUACUUCAAACAUGAGCUUCAAUGUAAAGGGACUGUCUGAUGCAAUCAAAAUAACACUGGCUAGAUAUUAUAUUGUUAUAUUAUAUGGGUAUGCUCAAUACCAAGGCGUAGUAUAGAACCAUUUAAUUGCCAAAAUAAAUUUCCUUUUUACAGAACACCCAAGAAGACCUAUCCUACUCUGACCACUCAUGUUACAUAUUAAAAUUUUGCUUACAAGUUCAAAAUACAA